AGCAGCGAGUUCUCUGUCUUUCCUAUCCAAUGUCCCCCCGAGUAGACAGGGCCACGUGCAUACAAUAGAAAUUUUGUUACCAGCAUCUUCUUUUCCAGCGCAUUUGUGUUUCACAGAAACACACAGCAAAAACAGCCAUGGUGAAGUUAGCUAAGACACCGAAACAGCAAAUUCAGAAGAAAAAAGCUCCUCCACCCCCUAAAGAAGUUGAGGAGGAAUCUAGUGAAGAGGACAGCAGUGAUGAGGAAGAGAGUCCUCCUCUGAAAGUUGCUAAGAAAGCCACUCCGGCUAAAGCUACCCCGGUUGCCAAAAAUGGCACAAAGGCUAAAAAAGCAGAAAGUGAUGAUGAUGAUGAUGAUUCUGAGGAAGAGUCUUCUGAAGAGGAAGCGCCUCCACCAAAGAAGACACCUGCAAAAGCAACCCCUGGGAAAACCCCAGCCAAACCCACCCCAGCUAAGGCAGCCCCCGCAAAGGCAGAGGAGUCUGAUGAUGAUGAUGAUGACGACGAUGAUGAUGAUGAGUCUGAAGAGGAAGCCCCCCCUCCCAAGAAAGCGGCAAAGUCUGCUGCAAAGCCGCCUGCCAAAGCCAAGCCUGCAAAAGAGUCCGAUGAUGAUGAUGAUGAUUCAGAAGAGGAGGCCCCGCCCCCCAAAAAGGCUACUCCUGCUAAACCAGUAGCCAAAGCAGCUGCCAAGCCAGUAGCUAAAGCACAACCUGCUGAAGAGUCUGAUGAUGAUGAUGACGACGAUUCAGAAGAGGAGGCCCCACCCCCCAAAAAGGGUACUCCUGCUAAACCAGUAGCCAAAGCAGCUGCCAAGCCAGUAGCUAAAGCACAACCUGCUGAGGAGUCCUCUGAAGAUGAUGAUGAUGAAGAUGAGUCUGAAGAGGAAAUGGACACCACUCCUUCUCCAGCUGUCGCAAAAGCAAAGAAAGCAGGCAUGGUGAAGGCUAAAGAAGAGUCGGAAGAUGACGACGAUGAUGAUGAUGAUGACGACGACGACGAGGAAGAAGAGGAAGUUCCAGUGAAACCAGCAAAGAGAAAGGCAGAGAACAAAACAGAAAGCAAGAAGGACACACCACCUGCAAAGAAAGCAAAGUCAGAUGGAGAAGGGUUCUGUCUUUUUGUCGGAAACCUGAACUCAAAUAAAGAUUUUGAGGAGAUCAAAGUUUCUUUGAGGAAAUUCUUCACAAAAAACAGCCUUGAGGUUGUUGAUGUCCGGGUAGGAGGAUCAAAGAGAUUUGGCUACGUAGACUUUGCCUCUGAGGAAGACAUGAACAAAGCACUGGAACUCAAUGGAAUGAAGGUCAUGGGUCAGGAGGUGAAACUGGACAAGGCCCGAAGCAAAGAGAACUCACAGGAAGGCAGGAAAGAGAGGGAUGCACGGACACUGUUUGUAAAAAACCUUCCCUUCUCUGUAACGGUUGAUGACCUAAAAGAACUGUUUGAGGAUGCUGUGGAUGUCAGGCUACCUCAAGGCCAGAACGGCUCAAACAGAGGCAUUGCCUACAUUGAGUUUAAAACUGAGGCUGAAGCAGAGAAGAUGUUGGAGGAGGCUCAGGGAGCUGAUCUGCAAGGGAGGUCCAUUAUUGUUGACUAUGUCGGAGAAAAGAGCCAAAAAGGAGCCAAGGUUGCAGCAACAGCAGCAGCCAACAAAACUCUGGUGGUGAAUAAUCUCUCCUUCAGUGCUACUGACGAAGUGUUACAAUCCACAUUUGAGAAGGCCAUCUCCGUAAGGAUCCCACAGAAAGAUGGCAGACCCAAAGGUUUUGCUUUUGUAGAGUUUGAGAGCGCAGAUGAUGCCAAGGAAGCUCUGGAAAACUUUAACAACACAGAGAUUGAAGGCCGGACAAUCCGACUGGAGUACAGCCAGAACAGCGGUGGAAGAGAUGGAGGCAGGGGGAACUCUGGUCCAACAAAAACCCUCUUUGUCAAGGGUCUCUCUGAGGACACGACAGAUCAGAGCCUGAAGGAAGCUUUCGAGGGUUCUGUAGCAGCCAGGAUAGUUACAGACAGAGAGACGGGGUCAUCAAAAGGCUUUGGCUUUGUCGAUUUUGACAACGAAGAUGAUUGUAAGGCAGCCAAAGAAGCAAUGGAAGAUGGUGAGAUAGACGGCAGCAGGGUGACCCUAGACUACGCCAAGCCCAAGGGUGAGGGUGGUUUCCGUGGAGGCAGAGGUGGUGGUGGCGGAUUUGGUGGAUUUGGUGGUCGUGGCGGAUUCAGAGGAGGCCGCGGUGGAGGCAGAGGAGGAGGAAGAGGAGGCCAUCGUGGAGGUGGACGCGGAGGCGGACGUGGCGGUUUUGGAGGUGGAAGAGGUGGUGGAUUUGGAGCAAAGCCCCAGGGGAAGAAAAUUAAAUUUGAUGACUAAAGUCUUGUAUUUUAGGUUUUGAAUGGACUCUGGUUUCAUCAGUUGUCAGAGCUUUUGGACAUUCCAGAAAGCGUCAUUGGUAUAUAUUUAACUGUUAAUGGGCAUUUUUAGCCCUGUGUUUAGGACCCCCCCACCCGCCCCACACCUGCUAUUCCCUGCUGUGCCAGAAUGGUACUUCUGACCUUUUCAAGCGCUGAAAGUCUGGACAAAAAUCCCACACCUCUUGCCCUCCUUAGCUGUUUUUUUCCAGAAGGAGUAAAAUGGAUGGUUCUGUCAAACAGGUUUACUGUGAAAAUAUGCUUGUUUUGUCAGAUAAAUUGUGUAAAUUUAAACAGUUUGUAUGAUUUCAUUUUACCUUUUUGUAAAAAAAAAAAAGGAAAAAGAAAAUACACAUAUCUGUAGGUUUUUAUUUUGUCAAGUUUUCUUUAGAUACCAAGUUUUACUGUACAAAUUUUCAUAGUCCAUGCCUCAGUUUCUUUUUUUUUUUCUUUUUCUUUUUUUUUUUUUUUUUUUUUUUUUUUAUGUUUUCCAUGGUUGUUUGGGGUCGAGUUGCUGGAAGAGUUGUGGCUGAAAGACAUCUGUAACAUAAAAUGUUUGUAGUGCAUUGACUGUUUUUUCCCCCCCCAAUUUCAACAUUUUCACAUCAUGAAAUAAAACCUUGUUAGGUGUUGAUUUUUA